CUCUGGCGGCUGUCCUCCCAUUGUCAAGAUGGCGCCCCCCAGGAGCUUCGCUUUGUGGAGCUACUGCGGCCGUGGAUGGUCGCGGGCGAUGCGGAGCUGCCAGCUCCCUGGGCUUCGUAGCUCCUGGCCCCGGGGUCCACUGGGUGUGCGGCUCUUGUCCCAAGAGAAACCGACCACGGAAACGCACUUCGGGUUUGAGACUGUGUCGGAGGAGGAGAAGGGGGGCAAAGUGCUGAAAUGAGUAGAAACUUCCAUUUUCAAACACUCAUCCACUCCUGUACCUUUGUUGUUCCUUUUGGUUUAGGAAAUACUAUUUCUUCCUUUGUGUUUUUCUUUUCAUCUGCAUCUUUCCUCCUGUUGGUUUCCUACAGGUGACAUUGCAUUCCGGUUCCUUAAUUAUGUUCAGGCACAGCAUCAGAGAAAGCAGAAGAGGCAGUUAAGGGCUCAGCAAAAUUUGUCCUGGGAAGAAAUUGCCAAAAAAUACCAGAAUGAAGAGGAUUCCUUGGGUGGUUCCCACGUCAUGGUCUGUGACAUCAACAAGGAAAUGCUAAAGGUGGGAAGGCAGAAAGCCUUUGCUCAAGGACACAAAGCUGGACUCACAUGGGUGUUGGGAGAUGCUGAAGAACUGCCCUUUGACGAUGACAAGUUUGAUAUUUACACCAUAGCCUUCGGGAUCCGGAAUGUCACACACAUUGAUCAGGCACUCCAGGAAGCCCAUCGGGUCCUGAAACCAGGAGGACGGUUUCUCUGCCUGGAGUUUAGCCAAGUGAACAAUCCCCUCAUAUCCAGGCUUUAUGAUCUAUAUAGCUUCCAGGUCAUUCCUGUCCUGGGAGAGGUCAUUGCAGGAGACUGGAAGUCCUAUCAGUACCUCGUAGAGAGUAUCCGAAGGUUCCCAUCUCAGGAAGAGUUCAAGGAGAUGAUAGAAGAUGCAGGUUUCCACAAGGUGACUUACGAAAGUCUAACAUCAGGCAUUGUGGCCAUUCAUUCUGGCUUCAAACUUUAACUCCUUUCCUAUCCUGGAGCGUGAACCAGUCACAUCCUGUUGAAAGCCUGGAACUGAAGGAUAAUCUGGCAAAUGAGACAGCAGUAGAGCAUCUCCUCUUAAGGAUAUGUGCCUUGGACUCAUGUUCUGAAGUGACCAAUCUCAAAGCAGAAGAAACAAAUGCCUGUCACUUUUUGCAGCUUACAUUAGUUGCUGCAUCAGGCUUUCUCCCAGAGUUAUUUGGUCUGGUUUUUUGCUCGACUCCUGCUAAAUUUCUCUUGGCUGUGCAGUGUGUGGUUAAGGUAAAACCAGCACUAAAGCACAGUUUGGAAGUGUAUUUGUAGCUUCUCUACUUGUGCUGCCUUUCAGAGGGAUAAUGGAUCAUUGAUCCCAAUGAUGAUUUUAACCGGAAAACUGAACUAUACCUGAAUCAACCUUUCAGCCUAGGACUGAGUCUAGGGCCAAAAGCCAAGGCCCAAGUCAGAGGGCUAACAAUCACUACUAGAAUUGUGUGCUCAAUCAGUAAAUGAGUUUACAAUUUGGUGAUAUUUGCCAUUUUUUCUUGAGGAAAUACAUUUUUUUCCAUCAUUCUUUCAGUCAAUCAUCUUCUACCAAAGCUACUAUGUGACCUCAGUCUUAUCAUAACGAAAACCACUCACUAAAUCCUCAUUGGAAGAAUAACUGUACCAGCAAACUCUUGCUUUCAUGUCUUAUAUAGGGAGCUUUUUUGUCAAAAUACAUUUGAAGAAAAAGUUUUAUAGCAAAAAAAAAAAGUUUGAAAACUAUUUGUGUAGCCUAACCUCCAAUACUCAGGGACGGAGCUCGGCAGAGCUUGUCUCCUUACUACUGCCCACUGUUUGAUGUUAAAAUGAGGCCAUAAGUAUUUUGUGUAGAUGACACUUUAGGUUUUUAAGGGGCACAGUACAGGAUCAUUUAUAUACCUUCACUUAGCAAGAUCCUGCCCUCUCACUGAUAAGCUUCCAGAUACAACCAGCUGUAUACAACUCUCUCCAAAGAACAAUAGCUAAGAGCAUUUGAUAAAUGCUUAGAAAAACUUUUAGCUUACAUUUUUUCAGCCAGCUGGAGCCUAUUGGCCUUUGAAAUUAACAGGAAGGAGCAGGCACUGGAAGGAACUUCAUAAACCAACAACCCAGUCUUAUCUCCAUAGCAACGUGAUUUUCUCACAUCCGAAU